AUGAGUUCUCAAGACUACUAUGCGGAUGUCAAGUCUCAAGAAAGCAUACAGCUUAACAAGAAAAUUCUUCUAUAUAUUCAAGAUGGAACUUCACUGGGUUUUGGAUGUGGAGCAGGAAUUCUACAACUAGAGGGUUUGCGUGGUUUUGGAUUUUUCGCAGCCUCAUAUAUCGCAGUGAUAGGUGUUUUCGUGGGCUGGUUUUGCAAGUUCAGACCAGCAAAGUAUUAUCAAAGCCCGAUUCAAGAGAUCGUGGUUGAUCCGCUGUUUAGAGAACUUGCCGGGUUCGUGAUGGCCUGGACCUUUGUCCACGCGUUGAUCGGGUAG